AUGCCACCCCGAAUAUCCCCGCCUUCAAAGGCAAUAACCUCAAUCUUGCGCUGCAAAAGAUCCUCAUCUCUCCGCCUCCGCCAAUACGCAACAAUUGUAGCCGCACCCCAAGUCUCCUACGCACAACUAAACCGCACGGCACCGCCCACCGCCAAAUUCCCCAAGACCCAGCCUCCCUCCUACAAGCCCCCAGAGUUCCGGAAAUCCCAGCUGCUGCGUCAAUAUGCUUCUCUCCUGCGCUCCACUCCCCUCAUGCUCGUCUUUCAACACAACAACUUAAAGAGUGUAGAAUGGACGGGGAUACGACGAGAACUGAAUAAAGCCCUGAGAAAAGUCGACGAGACACGGGCUAAAGCUGGACACGUCGAAGGAAAUGUGGGCGAGGGGGUGAAAAUACAAAUCAUUCAGACAGGAAUCUUCAUUUCAGCGUUAAAGAUUGUGGAAUUCUAUAAACCAGAGACGAAUAAAUCUCCCUCUGAUCCUACGGACCCAGCGAGUCCGUCAUCUGCUACAGUCCCAGAGCUCACCCAUACAUUAUCAGAAGCAGCUCACCAAGCUACAAUGAAAAAAACCCACGCUCUAAUGCCCCUCCUCGUUGGACCACUAGCCGUCCUAACCUUCCCCACCGUCUCACCGCAGCAUCUAAAAGCCGCUCUCUCAAUCCUCUCCCCUAUCCCAGGGCAAUUCCCAGCUCCGUCGAGGAAGGCAAAUCCGGGGUAUCACGAUCUACCAGUCCAAACUGGACUGCAGAAAUUGCUACUAUUGGGUGCACGGGUAGAGGGACAGGUUUUCGAUAUAGAGGGGACGAAGUGGGUUGGUAGUAUUGAGGGUGGUGUAGAUGGAUUGAGAGGCCAGUUGGUGAACAUGUUACAGAGUCUUGGGGCUGGUCUAACGAGUACGUUGGAGGGGUCUGCAAAAAGUUUGUAUUUUACAGUUGAAGGGCGGAGGACGAUGUUGGAGGAUGAGGCGAAGGGUGGUUCUGGGGGAGCUCCAAAAGAAUCUUAA